GCGGGAGUGAAUUUCAUUCGGCACCAGGAAGAAGAAGAGGCGGCUGGCAGCGCUGGGAGAUGGCGUCUCUCUUGUGCUGUGGACCCAAGCUGGCGGCCUGCGGCAUUGUUCUCAGCAUCUGGGGAGUCAUCAUGCUGGCCUUGCUGGGUGUUUUCUUCAAUAUCCAUUCGGCGGUGCUGAUCGAAGACGUUCCCUUCACCGAGGAGGACUUUGUAGAGAAAUCCCCGGCACGCAUCUACCGGCUCUACGAACAGGUCAGCUACAACUGCUUCAUCGCCGCUGCCAUUUACAUCGUGCUGGGGGGCUUCUCCUUCUGCCAGAUCCGCCUGAACAAACGCAAGGAGUACAUGGUUCGCUAAAACCGUCCCGCCUCCUUGACCCCCUUCCCGACUGGGUGACCCACCACGCCUUCCCCUUUAAAUGACCUGCUGUUACUGUUUAUUUAAUCUUGUAUUUUUGAAAUCUUGCUGCUUUAAUAUAAAUAAAUUUGUUUGUGAUAUUUCACUAGCUGGGGAAGGGGUGGGAGGUUGGAGGAGGGAGUGAUAGGGUUAAAUGUGAUCGACCUUGUCUCGUUUUCUUGUGGAAUGGGGAGUUAUUGGGAAGGUGGGGGGAGGAGAGUUCUCUCUGCUCUUCUCAAGUGUGGGUAGAGGGGAAUUCUCCUUGGGAAGUUUGCGCUGUUGACUGUCAAGGGGGGUUGCUGGCUGUUUUCUACUAUUCACCCCCCCCCCCCAUCUUGCUCUUGGGUCUAAUCCCUCCCAGGAAUGGGCCACUUUGAUCUGGGAUUGCCUGGGGUCGGGGGAAGACGAGGUGAAACAAUAAAGUUGUGCCCUUGCCGUUUUCUGACCUUGUUUCCAUGGAGAUUGUUUAAUGGGUUCCUGCUUCCUCCCCCUCCCCCGAGUCCAAAUUCCACUCCUUUUGACAAUGUAGAAGCUGUGGACCAUAAAGAGCAUGUUUGUCUUUAACUUUUGAAUUUUUAAUGAAAAUUUAAUUUAUUUGAAUGAAUAGAGGGCAACUCACAAAAUUGCUGGAGGAACUCAGCAGGUCAGGCAGCAUCUUAUGGAGAGGGAUAAACAGUUUAUUCAGGGAAGACUCUUCAUCGGGACUGGGAAGGAAGGGGGAAAGAAGCCUUCCCUCCUUUCCUUUUGGCUUCUUCCCCUUCCGUUCCAGUCCUGAUGAAAUAUCUUGAUUUGAAACGUCAGCCCUUUAUUCCUCUCCAUAGAUGCUGCCUGGCCUGCUGAGUUCCUCCAGCAUUUUGUGUGUGCUACUCUGCAGAAUCUCUUGUGGCUUAGAAAUAAUUGGUGUACAAUUUUAAAUACCAAGACACCACCCAUUUUGUAAAACCUGAUUCUUGGGUGCCCUCUAAGUUUUUUUUCCUUCUCGAUCUGUUUGAUCCUCAUUCCAUUGUGACUAAUUCUUCAGCCAUACACACCUCCAGAUGCUUAGCUUUAGAUCCCUGUUGGUUUAUCUGUGUCAAUGUCGUGUUUCUGGUUCAGCUUUGAAGUUGAUGGUGUGUAUGGGGAGAUGAGCAUCAUUUUUGCACCAACGUCAAUGAUCCAUUAUUUGGGGGAAAAAAACGACAAAAGAGUUACAAUAAAAUGAUUGUCACUCAGCACAGUGUGGGUUAAUUGGUUUAUCAUUGUUACAUGUACUGAGAUGCAACGAAAAGCUUGUCUUGCAUACUGUUCAUUCAGAUCAUUUACAGUGUAUUGAGCUAGAAAAAAAGUAAAACAAUAACAAAGCAGAAUAAAAUCGAAAUGCUACAUAAAGGUGCACUGCUGGUGAACAAUAAAGUGCAAGAACCUAACGAGGUAGAUUGGGGUCAAGAAUACAUCUCAUCAGACAAGACAUUUUGAGGUUUGAUGCUCUUGUAGCCGUUUGCGUGGUUUGUUUGUGCAUGGGGGUUGAUGUUUUCUUUCUUUCGUGGCUGUCUGGAGAAGAUGAAUCUCAGAGUUGUAUACCACACACAUACUUUAAUAAUAAAUGUAACUUGAACCUUGA